UGUCUUACGAAGUGAACAAUAGCCGUUGUGUAGGAAAAUUAAGGGGAGUAAAUUUUACAUUGAAACUCUGUAGUUUGCUCGGCAUUGUCUCUGUCAAUCCCAAGUGUAGAGCAUAUAAAAUGUAUGUACUCGUUUUAGUAGUUGGUUCAGUCGCUGCAUGGAUGCACUCAGCAUAUGAAAAAAAUCAUAGUUUGUUUGGAAAAUAUACAGUCUAUAUGUUAAUAGCCGAUCAAAUAUCUAGCUUCUUUUUAUGCAUGGCCACUGUAGCUGUGAGUAUAACGUCCGUCUUUAUUUACCCAGAGAAACUUUUACAAACCGUCAAGAGUUUAAGGAACUUUGAUAAGAUUCUAGGCAUUCCUUGUCCACUUGAACUUAAACACUACCUUAUGUUUUUGUGUUUUGGUCACAUACUGAUACUAACUCCAAUUAUAAUUGAUGCUUGGACUUGGACCAGUAGCCUUGGGUUUGGUUUUUAUUCCACCUAUGUAAUAAGGAAUAUUCAGUACUACCAAUUGUCAGUCAUUUUGUUUCUAUGGUUUUGGUUUGCAAUGGAGAUCAUUAAAAGGUUUAAAAUAUUGAAUGAUAUUUUGGAAAAAGUAGUUACAUCACCUUAUAUUUUGUUAAAUAUUGAUUUGAAAAGGAACCGCUACUCUAAUUCUUUUGAGUUUGUUAAAAUGGAAGAAAAAAUCAAAAAUAUUUCUGGUUUGUACAAUGGAGCAUGUGAUAUAGUGGACUUAGUGAAUGAUAUCUUUGGAAAAGCGCUUUUGUUCAUUAUCAUCUUUAUAAUAUCUUUUAUAUUGCUGUAUAUUAUAAUUCUUAUUAUUUAUAUUAGCUUCCCCCUAAAAUACGUAGAACUUAGUGAAAAUUCACCUGCAGUCAGUGGGGUUUGGAUAUUGGAAAACUUUAUAAAAAUAAUGGCCCUAGCAUCAGCUGGCGAGAACUUAUCACGGGAAGCGAACAGAACGAUCACUGUAUGCUAUGGCAUUAUCAACACCUUAGACAACAACCCGCAAUACAACGUAGAUGCUAUCAAAGAAGAGCUUAAUUUCUUAAUUCAACAAGCAGCUCACAGAAAACCGUGUCUCUCGGCAUCGGGAUUUUUUGUGGCUAAUUCAACCAUGAUGGGAUUUAUCAUUGGUAGCAUCACCUCCUAUGUUAUAGUAGCCGUACAAUUUUUAAAAGAAACUUCACCUUAAGUUCAAUAAAACAGUUUUAUCAUGUGUGCUUUUAGUCGAAUAAAUAUUCUAAUAUUAACUUUGUUCAGAAUUAUUGAUAUUCUUUAUAUCCUUGUAAAUAAUAAACACUAGCACGAAAAAUUUGCAUAUCUAAUAUGA